AUGUACGAUGCCUCUAUAGACCCGGAAGACCACCUUUCGGUCUUCCUAACGCAUAUGCGCCUCCAAACCGCCGCGGACGAAGUCCGCUGCAAAACUUUCCCCAUGUUCCUGAAGGGGAAAGCACGGCUCUGGUUCCAGGGACUAGCACCGGGGUCUAUACGGAGCUUUCCCGAGCUGGCUCGGCAGUUUGCAUCCCAGUUCGUCUCCUCGAAGGUUUACGCGAGGAACGCAACCCACCUGAUGUCCAUCAGACAGAGGCCAGACGAGUCGCUGAGGAAUUUCAUGACCCGCUUCAAUGCGGAGAGCUUGCAGGUCAGGGACAAAGACGAAAAAGUGGUAAUGGCCGCCUUCACAAACGGGUUCAGGGUAGAGGAGCUUUUCUACGAUCUGGCCAAGAACUCUCCCGUAAACCUGGAGGAGCUCCUGCGCAGGGCGCACGAGGCCGCUAAGGCGGAGGAGGCAGGUCGCCUGAAGAAAGAGUCAGAUCGGGAGCUCGGAAAUCGGAAGGGUCGGACAAACCCUCCAGAGAGCAAGGACGUCCCGGCCAAGAAAAACGUCUUCGAUCGGCUCUCGAAGGAGAAGGCCCCUGCUCCGCCACCACUCCCAGAGAAGACCUACACCCCUCUAACACGGCGCAGAGCCCAGAUCUUGGCUGUUAUGGAGGCGGAAGGGCUGGGAGAUCGGCCGCCCAAGAUGGGGACGCCCUGGAACAAAAGGAACCAGGACCGGUACUGCGCCUUUCACCGCGACGUCGGACACGACACGGAGGGAUGCUGGGCCCUGCGUAAGGAGAUCGAGAACCUGAUCCAACGCGGCUUUCUAGGGCGGUUCGUACGCCGACCAGGUCGGGAGCCCGGGCGCAACCACUACGGAGAUAGGUCCGAGGGACGGCGUCGCGACCGCCCAGAGCUGCGUGACGCUCCUCGGAACCACUUCCCCGACCUGGACGGCCAGAACCUAGCGGGGGUGAUAAACACCAUCGCUGGGGGCCCCACGGGCGGAGACAGUCACACAGCUCGGAAGAACAAGCGACUCCCCCCGCGGGGGACGACUCCUUGA